CUGAUCGUGGCACUGUGGUUCUAGAGGCAGCUAUGACUAGUGCCCUGUCUGCCCUCGAACGUGCAUCAUCUGAGAGGAGUCGGGCAGAAGCAGGCUGCCGUGGUUGUGCGCCCUGUUUGUUUCAGGAUUGUGGACAGCUGACUGGCUCCUGCUCGUCUCCGGCCAGUGCCUUAUCAGAGCCCAGUUGUGAUGUCAUCAGUAAAGCCCAGAAGCUUCAAGAUGAAACUGAGAGGAGUUGGGCUCUGAGCCAGGCCUGUGCGUACUAUCAGCAUCGCUGCCCACCUGGUGAACUGGACAAGGAGAGCUGCAUAAGGAUCAUGGGCGAGAGUUGCAGUGCCCGUGUCCUCCAGUGCAGCCUACUUAACACAAUGCAGAACCUAGAACCUGCCACACAAACACAUGCACAGGCAGUGUGUGGUCAAAGGUCAUCCUCAAUGCAGAACAUCACACAGCCUCGCUCCCGCAUUGUUGGUGGCUCUCCUGCUCCUCCAGGCAGCUGGCCCUGGCUCGUCAACCUCCAGCUUGACGGUGGUCUGAUGUGCGGAGGAGUCCUGGUGGACAGCUCGUGGGUGGUCACUGCUGCUCAUUGUUUUGCUGGCAGUCGUAGUGAGAGUUACUGGACAGCCGUGGUGGGGGAGUUUGACAUCACUAAGACCGAUCCUGAUGAGCAGCUUCUUAAAGUGAACCGAAUCAUCCCUCAUCCUAAGUUCAACCCAAAGACAUUCAACAACGAUAUAGCGCUGGUGGAGCUCACAUCCCCAGUGGUCCUGUCCAACCAUGUAACUCCAGUGUGUCUCCCCUCUGGCAUGGAGCCCCCUACUGGCAGUCCAUGCCUGGUGGCAGGCUGGGGCUCCCUCUAUGAGGAUGGCCCAUCUGCUGAUGUGGUCAUGGAGGCCAAGGUGCCCCUGCUGCCCCAGAGCACUUGUAAGAGUGCCCUUGGCAAAGAGCUGGUCACCAAUACUAUGCUUUGUGCUGGCUAUCUUUCUGGAGGGAUAGACUCCUGUCAGGGAGAUUCUGGAGGCCCCCUUAUCUACCAGGACCGAAUAUCGGGUCGGUUCCAGCUCCACGGGAUUACCUCCUGGGGAGAUGGCUGUGGGGAGAAGGGCAAGCCUGGAGUCUACACACGGGUGUCUGCUUUCUCUGACUGGAUUCAGGCUGAGAUACAAAAAUCAUUUGGAAGUAGGGAGCCAACAUGUCCAGAGCUUCUAAAAACAACAGAAAUGACAGAAGAAGAACAGAAGUCGGAGUUCAGCUCUCUCUGUCGCUUCUACACUCUGACCUGCCCCCCUGGUCAGUCCGCCAGCGCUUGCAGCCAAAUGGCUGAGGACAAGUGUCUCACCCGCUUCAAGAAAUGUCAGUUGCGUUCGUUCCUGCAGACCCUGUUGGACUUGCUCCAGAGGGCUGAGGACUAUAUCAGGGACAAAGUAGACUUGACCUUCUUCACCCAGACUCUGCCUCAACUGGUGGAGCACAUCUACAGCACUGCUUUCACUCACAUCAGAGAGAGGAGGGAUCUGGGCCUCAGCCAUGGUCUCACGCAGAUUGAAGAAAAGUUAGGUGGAGGUGUGGUGCCAACAGAGCAGGGUGCUUCUCCAGUUCCCCCAGCCAUAUUCAGAGAAGUGGGACCCUCAGUGGAUGACUGGGAGAAAUACCUGAGGAACAUGGCUGAGGACCUAGACAAACGACACGUUGACACAGCCACAGAAACCUCCAAACCAAAAGGGCUGGACGACAACUUUUUCUUACAGGCAGAGGACUCCUCAGUACAUCAGUUAGAAGGAGAAUUUCAAUCUGUUAUCUCAGCUCUGCGCUCCAAAUUGGACUUCAGAGCUGCUCCUCCCAUCUUGCAUUUGGACAAUGUCAACCUCCAGGAGUCGUCUGAAAAUCCCCCUUUCCCAACAUCCACUGGAGCACCAGUCCACACUGACCCGUCUUCCUCUUCCCACGAGCCUUGGUCACUUCUAUCAGCCCUGAUGAAUGAAAUUCAGAAAUUAAGGACACAAGAUCAAAUUGUGACAGAAGAUGCACCACAAAGUGAAACUUCUGCCGACAUAAAAUGGAGCACCACGUCGGAGGAUUUUACUUUUGUUGAGAAAGGAGACAGAACAGAAUCCAAAUCUUCCACGCUGCUGUUUCCAGUGCCGUCGGUCACUGAGGACACUCACACUGAGACAACCGCUGACCCCAGACAAGCUGUGCAUGCUGGAAAGACUUUAAGUCUUCACAGAAAAUACAGGAGCCUUCUUCACAAGAGGCAGAUACCAGGGACCAGUGGGAAAAUUUGUCCUGGCGUGAGAGAGUCCUCACAGCAAGUCAGCCAAGUCAGAGACUCUUACAAAUGGGUUUUAAACAUCCCAAGCAAGAACCUUCGCAUGAACUUCCAAGAGGUGUUGGUUGAUCUGAGCUCUAAGAACGAUCGAGGACUUUACCAGGCGCGUGUUAGAGCUGUAGUAGGAGGACGACCUUUGACCUUCUACAGUCUUGUGGGCUUGGAGAAUGAGUCAUUCUACCGUAGUGCACCAAGGAUCAUUGCAUUGGCACUGGAAGCACUCAAGACUUAAGUUUACCACAACAUCAAGUGAGAAAAAAGAAGACUCAAAUCAGAAAUGAUAACACAAAGGCUUGUAAAGAGACUCAGAAACCCCUCAUCAAGGGACAGAGACAGAGACAGAGAGAGAUGCACAUAAAACGCACACCCUUACAAACUUUCUUCUGUCUCCGGUGAAAAGCAUUAUUUUAUUUUCCCAUUCUGAGAGCCUGACUUUGGCUCUAAAUGAAAACCCAGCCAUGAAUGUAUCAGUCCAACCCAUCAGUCAGUCAACCACCCAUCACGCCACAGGAUCUUUUUUGUAUGUGGUUGGAGACGCAGCCUUGUCUAACUUAUGAAUCUGUACAAAAUUAUAACUUAUUCAUAUUGUCUUGUGCAAAGGUUGAGCCUCUUGUGAAGCACACAGACUGUAUAUAUUAUUCAUAUUCUUACCUUAUUCUUACUAUAUUUAUUUGUA